AACAACAGCACCCCACUCACACACCCUUGCGAGAUCGCACCUCGGCCACAGGUCAGUAAUUUUCCGAACAAAGUUCCGAUUUAUCGGGAACCUUCAAUCUGUGGUGCGUUGCAGCGUUGCGAUCUUGAAGUCACCGAUUAUGUACCCGCGUGGCGCAGUUUGCAGUUUGGUAACUGGUAACUCCCUCCCAUCGGCGUCCGUCGAGCAGCAGCGAAAACAACAAACUCGAGUGAGUGUGCUCUCCAAAUGCAAUCAUUAUGGCCCGGCGAGCCUGCCAAUUAACGGAAACUAACGGCCACGGGCAGAUGAUGAGUAAGCGCGUGGCGGCAAAGCAUACUACUUCGGGAUGCUUCUUGCACCCUUGUUGGCGGGACGUGCCUUCGGGGCUGAUUCAGGUUAAGUAUCCUUCUGGGGAAUGGUUGGGCGCUCGUUGAAGGUGGCGGUGGGUCCUUCACGACUAUCGACGACCAUUGCCCAACGUUAUCCUCUCGAUGAGAAUCCCGCGGACGAAGCUGUGUUGGGGCAGAAGAAUUUGGCAAAUGAACCGAGCUGCGCGGGCUGCGGGCGGUUGGAUGCUUCAAAGGGCAAUGGCAGGUCCAGCGACUCCAGUACGCCAAGGUCGAUCACUCGUCGUGAACACUCUCGAUCACGGCUUGUUAUGUGCAGCUCGGGGAGUGAGCCAUCUCCACCUUAUCGACAUAAUGCUAAUGGGUCAUCGCUUUUUGGUGGCUCGUCUUAGUGGGUCAACCGUGUGUGUGUGGCGGUUUUUUUAUUCAGGUCACCGCGCGAUGUCACACGCUGUCCUGUCAAAGCCGUUCUCCGUAGUAGGUGUUGGUGUUGAAACCUCUUGGCCAGCUAAUACUGUCCCAGAGCGCAAUAUAAUUGGGGUAUGGCCGACCAAUAACAUAACCUCAAAGGCCCGACAAAGAAAAAACCAGCCUUCACGCCAAUACACUUCCUUGUUUUAAAAUUCGCCCCAGUUGUGGACGAUCGCAUUUGCGAACGGCGCGAAACACCGCGACACCCAAAAUACGAAACCCCGAAUGUCCGCGUCUAGUGGACGCUCCUAAUGCACCUCUUUCGAUUCGGCCAAAUCGUCACUCAUCCCCACUCACUGCGGCGCGGCGCCUCACGCUCCACGGGCUGUACGCUGGCCGGUGCGUUUUGAAGGAUCCUCGAACGGCGUGCGCGAUCGCGCUGGGCUGAACCGCGCUGGUCGAUAAGAUGAUGCUGCUGUUGCUGCUUUGCGUCGUAUAAAAAGCUACAUUGAUGGUCAACCUCGGGUCAGUCGCUCGCAGCAGCACGGCAGUGAUUUGUGUACAGUGUUGAUCCUCUGCUCGAUCCGAUCGUUCGGCACACUAUUAAUCCUCCUGCAGAUACAUCAUCAGGACAGUCGCAGCCCUGUUUACGGUAGCGAGUUCAAGUGUUUGACGUUGCAUUCGAGUGCAUUGUGCGUGUUUGUUUUGUGUGCAUUAUUGUGAAGCAAAUUACCAGCAGCAGAAUGAAACUGUUCGGCAGCAGCAGCACCCUGCUCUUGAUCCUGAUCAUCGGCCUGGUGUGGAGUGAACAGCUGGAACAGGACAAUGAUACGAACGAUCUCGAAACGGCCGAGUCUGCCUUCCACAUCGACCCGAAGACAGUGAUCUUUACCGGGCUUGCGGGUAUUGGUGCGCUGGUCGUGAAGGGCAUUGCGCUCGGUAUCGGUGGCGGUAAGCUGCUCCUGUUGGCCAAGAACUCGGGCAACUCGCACAGCUCCUCGGGCUGGGACAGUACGUCCUCCUCCAAAUCCUACUCCUCCCACCCGUCCUAUCCGGCGUACAAGUCCUACUCGAGCAGCCACUCGUCGUCGGACGACUCGAAGUCCACGUCGUACACCGGGAGCUUGAAAGUGUCCGGUUCGCUAACGCCGGUGAGUUCUCAAUCUUCGUCCGAAACGACUGACACGACCACGUCUGCCCCAUCCAAGACAAACCUGUCGCUGGACGAUCUCGAUGAUCCACUGCCUGAAAACUGAGUUUCGCAAAAUUUCAGGUCCAUUAGCGUGGCGAUGCGAACACGUGGCGGCGUGGUGCAUUAACGCCCCUCCCGAAACCGCUCGGAACUCGUUGCAUUGUGAGGCUGAUUGUCGUUUUUGGCGAACUAUGUGCACUAAAUUCUGGAGAGGCGAAAUCCUGGAGAACCCAGGACAGGGCAGAGAAAAGGGAGACAGAGGGAGAGAGAGAGUGAGAGAGAGAGGGUGGAGGAAAGGAAAAAGGCAAGGCGCGCAUCCAAAAGCGAAAACCAAACUAAAUUUAUUCGUCAGUUUCGUUUGUUGCUUUCUUUUGUUUUUCAUCCUUACUAUUGGCGUACCUUACAGCACGUAUUUAUAAGCGUUCAUUCAACCAUAUUGUGAUACUUUUGCUCAUCAGAAUAAACCGGUUUUCAUCGUA